AUGGCAGGAGCAGGAGCAGGCAGCAGGCAGCCAACCACGGGGGGAGGCGCCCUCAACACUAUGCCCCGGCACCACCACCACCACCACCACCACCACUACAACCACCAUGUGCUUGAAUAUCGAAUGUCGCUCACUUGCCCUGCUCAUUACUCAGUCAUGUCAUCCAUCGUCGCCCGUCAAAGCAUCGGCCUGGGUCGUGCCAUGGCGCAAGCUUCUUCCACGCUUCUAGCCACGCUUGCUCAAACCUUGGGAAACCCUACAUGGUGGAACAGGACGACUAGCUUGCGGCAUGCGCCGAGGCCAGGGUUGGCCGUCUCUCCCUCUGUCCCAAAACCCACGUCGAGCCCGGCGACCCAGCAAAUGGCGCGUCGGCGACAUGGGCCCGCAUCCUCCGGGCCCAUUUCCCUUCAGGUCCCAGGCCAGGCUUGCGCAAAUUGA